AUGAAGCUUAGGUUGUUUGUCUUGGCUCUUUUGGUUUCCUCCACCGAGGCCUUUGUCCCACAAAAGGUGGCUUUCACACGCCACUUGUCUUUGGAUGCUUCCAAAUUGGAACGUCUGCCAGAAAGUUCUGUCAAGGUGACGCUCUCAAUCCCUGGAUCAUCCACAAAGGCUGCCUUUGACAAGGUCUGCAACGAAUUGUCGAAGACCAUCACUCUUCCAGGAUUCCGCAAGGGAUCCAAGAUUCCACCUGCCGUUUUGGAGAAUGCCAUGGCUGGAAAGGGUGGAAGAUACGCUCUUCGAACACAAGCCAUCCAAGAGCUUUUGGGAGAAUUGAUCGAGCCUGCCUUGAAGGAGGACCACGGCUUGGAGCCCAUCGGACAGCCAACUUUGGAACAAGACUCGGAAGAAGUCGCUAAAAACUUCAAGCCUGGUGAAGAUUUGGAAUUGGAUGUUCUAUGUGAUGUUUGGCCCGAUAUUGAAUGGAAAGAAAUUGAGGGACAAGAAAAGCCAUACUUCGGACUGAAAGGAAAGUACACCCGUAAGCCUUUCAAUGACGAGAAGUUCAACAAGGCAAUCAAUGAUCUUUUGGAGCGAUAUGCCGAACUUGCACCUAUCACAGAUAAGGACCACGAAAUGCAAAUGGGAGAUGCUUGUAUUGUCAACAUGGAAGGUUGGAUGGCCAACGAGGCUGGAGAAAAGGGUGAAAAGUUGCCCGAUGCUGCCAGUGGAGACAACGUUGAGGUCAUCCUUGGAACUGGUCGGUACAUGACUGGUUUGGUGGAAGGUCUUGUUGGAGCCAAGGUCGGAGAGACCAAGGAGAUCAAGGUUACAUUCCCUGAGGCCUUGAAAGACAAGACCUUAGCAGGAAAGGCUGCCAUCUUUGAUGUUACCGUUGCGGAGGCCAAGACACGCACGCUUCCCGAACUUACUGACGAAUUCGCCGAGAAGGUCCGCGCUGGUUUGACUGUUGAAAGCUUGAAGGAAGAAUUGAGAAAGGCUGUCGACAGUGAGGAUUCCAAGGAAUUCCGUCCCGCCAGAAACGCUGCCAUUGCCAAGGCCUUGGCCGAAGUUAUGGACGUGGAGGUUCCUGAUACUCUUGUCACCAAGCAAGCUCGUGAAAAGUUUGCCAUGAUGAUGACUGACAUGCGAAAUAGCGGUGUUCCAGAUGAAGAGAUCAAGAAUCAAAUCAAACCAGAGAACUUUUUGAAGUACAAGAAGAUUGUCAAGGAUGAUAUUGUCCGCGACUUUAAGGUCUCCAUGGCCACUGAUGAGAUUGGUAGAAUGGAAGGAGUUGAGGUUCCCGAUUACCAAGUAGAGGAACAAAUGGAAUCCAUCCGACAAGAAGCUGCCGAGUCCAAGGAAGACUUCGACGAAACUCAAAUUCGAAGCCGCGUCGAAGCUACCCUUCAACGGGAGGCUGUCAUGGACUUGUUGGCCGAGAACUCCAACUUUGAGGUUGAAUUUGCUGGUGAAGAAGAAUUCGAUGCAGAAUUGAUGGAAAAAUUGGCCGCAGAGUCAUUAGCACGAGAACAAGAGGCAGCUGGUGAAUCAGCAGCCAUAGAUGUGGCCUAG